AUAAAUAUAUGACGAUGAUGACGUCCCGCGGACUUCUCCCAGUGUUCCUCUUGUUUCUACAAGCUCAUACAACCAUGGGCGCCGUGGUUUUGCUGCCGGGAGUAGUGCCAUUCAUGCCAAAGCCUCCUUCUAGUGGCAUACCUUCAGCAGGCGGUAAUGUCGCCCAGAACCCUCCUCCAGUGGUCCUGACUGAUGGCAGUGGAAAAAACAAAGUAGUUGGCAGUGCAAAUCCUCUUACCGGUGUGGUUUCUUUGGACGCCGAUAAGCUCAAAGAUGGCCUCGGUGAGGCAACAGCUCAGGAUCCGCCAUCGUCACAGCCACCAGCACCACCAUCCCCAGGGGAUGAUGAAGAUAAUACACCAGAAGGGGAGGCAGAUAAUCCAUCAAAUGAGCAGGAAGAUGACCCAGUAGAGGAGAAUGAAGAUGAACAAGUAGAGGAUGACGCAGAGGAGUCAGCAGAGGAGGCGGAACCAGAGGAGCCAGCUGAAGCAGCGGAAGAAGGGGCAGAGGAGCCCGCCGACAGAAGCGAUCAGGCUGCCUGACUCGUAUUUUUAUGGGACCUCGGCUGCAAUGACAAGAUCCAGUUCAGCUAUGUCACUGAUGUCGUACUUUAGUGUGUACAUAAAGACCAACUGCCC